UCGAUUAACUGAUUAAUUAAUCACUUGUAAAAGCGUUUCGAGAGCAGCUGAUGGGUAGAAUUCCAGCCGCCGCCUUCACCGUGAAGCAAUGCCUCGUCUUGGCGGCCUUGUUCGCUGUAAUAUCAAGCACCGCUUGGGGGCGCAAGCUAAGUUAUCCAGAGAGCAUGUCCAUGGCAGAGAGGCACGAGCGGUGGAUGGCGCAGCACGGGCGCGUCUACCGCGAUGACGCAGAGAAGCAGCGCCGCUUCGACAUCUUCAAGUCCAACGUCGAGCUCAUCGACUCGUUCAACGCCGCCGGCAAGCACAAGUACUCGCUGGGCAUCAACCAGUUCGCCGACAUGACCAACGAGGAGUUCAAAUCUUCCUACACUGGCUUCAAGAAUAUGAUCGCGGCGAAGCCGAUCAGGAAGGGAGGAUUCAUGUACGAGAACGUGUCCGCGACGCCGAAGAGCGUCGACUGGAGGACCAAAGGAGCAGUCACUCCCAUCAAAGAUCAAGGGCAGUGUGGAUGUUGCUGGGCGUUCUCGGCAGUGGCGGCGAUGGAGGGCAUCACCAAGCUCACCGCUGGCAAGUUGAUCUCUCUCUCCGAGCAGCAGCUGGUGGACUGCGACGUCCACGGCGAGGACCAAGGCUGCAACGGCGGCCUCAUGGACAACGCGUUCGAGUUCAUCAUCAACAACGGCGGCCUCGCCACCGAGACCAAGUACCCUUACCAGGCCACCGACGGCACCUGCAGCAAGCAGAAAUCCUCCCCCUCCGCCGCCGCCAUCAGUGGGUACGAGGACGUGCCUGCUGACGAUGAGGCGGCGCUCCGCAAGGCCGUGGCCCACCAGCCGGUGUCGUUGGCGAUAGAGGCCAGCGGAUCGGCCUUCCAGUUCUACAACGGCGGCGUCUUCACGGGGGAAUGCGGAACUGAUCUCGACCACGGCGUCACAGCGGUGGGCUACGGCGCGACGAGCGAUGGCAGCAAGUACUGGCUGGUGAAGAAUUCUUGGGGUGCCGAUUGGGGGGAGAACGGCUACAUAAGGAUGGAAAGGGACGUGGAUGCUAAGGAAGGGCUGUGUGGUAUCGCCAUGCAAGCUUCCUACCCAACUGCUUGAAGUCAUUUGUCUAUAUAUGUAUAUAUAUCUGCAUGCGUGCAUCGCUUCUCCAUCAUAUAUGCCUGGCGUUCAAAGACCCUUUUGUCAUCUACUAUAUAUGUGAUGUAUAGGCGUGUCCAGAGAGACAUGUGUGCUUGUAAAUGUAUGCGCAUGUGUAGCAAGAUCUGAACAUGUACCACUUACUAUAUGUUGCAUUUGCAUUGUCUGAUCCAAAAUUUUAUAAAUGUUAAUGCUGCCUAAGCUAAGGUUUCUAUGGUU